AUGAUAUGCGCCGACGCGGCGGUGGGGUCUGGUGACGAACUUGGCUUCUUCACACUCACCACCCGCCUUUCUGACUCACCGUUAGGAUCGGGUGAGAAGUGCUUCUCCAAUUCCGCAAUAACAUCCGGCGCCGAGCCCUUGCCUUUGGAGGCACUGCCAGAUGAGGUGCCUGAGUUUGAUUUGGGCGGCUUGGUCUAUUUUGCAGUGGGAUAA